CUCCAGGGAGAACUUCAGGUAAAGUGACAAAACACAAAGGUACUGAGAAAAGAGAGUCACCUUCACCAGCACCAAAGCCUAGAAAAGUAGAGUUAUCUGAAUCAGAAGAAGAUAAAGGUGGCAAGAUGGCUGCAGCAGAUUCUGUGCAGCAGAGACGCCAGUACAGGCGACAGAACCAGCAGUCUUCAUCUGACUCUGGCUCCUCCUCCUCUUCAGAAGAUGAGCGACCCAAGAGAUCCCAUGUGAAGAAUGGUGAGGUAGGCAGGCGGCGGAGACAUUCCCCUUCCCGGAGUGCCUCUCCAUCACCACGAAAACGCCAAAAAGAGCCUUCCCCUCGUGGUAGACGGAGGAGAAGUCCCUCCCCACCACCAACCAGAAGACGACGCUCUCCUUCUCCUGCUCCCCCUCCUCCUCGGCGCCGCAGGUCUCCCACACCGCCACCAAGACGAAGGACUCCUUCUCCUCCACCACGUCGGCGCUCACCUUCCCCAAGAAGAUACUCUCCUCCAAUACAGAGGAGAUAUUCUCCUUCUCCACCUCCAAAGAGAAGGACGGCCUCUCCCCCACCUCCUCCUAAACGAAGAGCUUCACCAACUCCACCACCAAAGCGCCGGGUUUCCCAUUCUCCACCUCCCAAACAGAGAAGCCCCCCAGUCGCCAAGAGACGCUCACCAUCUUUAUCUUCAAAGCAUAGGAAAGGGUCUUCCCCAAGCCGCUCUACCCGGGAGGCCCGGUCACCACAACCAAACAAGCGGCAUUCACCCUCACCACGACCUCGAGCUCCCCAGACCUCUUCAAGUCCUCCCCCUGUUCGAAGAGGAGCAUCGGCAUCACCCCAAAGAAGGCAGUCCCCAUCUCCAAGUACUAGGCCCAUUAGGAGAGUCUCCAGGACUCCGGAACCCAAAAAGCCAAAAAAGGCUGCCUCACCAAGCCCACAGUCUGUAAGAAGGGUUUCAUCCUCCCGAUCUGUCUCUGGAUCUCCUGAGCCAACAGUUAAAAAGCCUCCAGCACCUCCAUCGCCUGUCCAGUCUCAGUCACCCUCUACAAACUGGUCACCAGCGGUACCAAUCAAAAAGGCUAAAAGCCCAACACCAAGCCCAUCUCCGGCCAGGAAUUCUGAUCAAGAAGGAGGCGGCAAGAAAAAGAAGAAAAAGAAGGACAAGAAACACAAAAAGGAUAAGAAACACAAGAAGCACAAAAAACACAAGAAGGAAAAGACUGUGGCUGCAGUGGCUGGAGCUCCUGCCACCCCCGCAGUUGUUGCUGCUGCCACAGCCACGUCAGUGCAGGAGGAGCCCGAGACAGCUCCCGAGCCCAAGAAGGAGACUGAGAGUGAAGCUGAGGACAACCUUGAUGACUUAGAAAAGCACCUGCGAGAAAAGGCCCUGAGAUCCAUGCGGAAGGCUCAAGUGUCCCCACAGUCUUAGGUGGAAAUAUUUGUUAUGAUGUAAAUUUUAUUUGGUUUGUAUUCAAUUCAAUUUCAAAAUUGCUAAAAUGUGUUUGAGCUUUAGACUAUAACAUUUGUUGUAAUAAUUGCUAGGUUGAAGUUCACAAUGUAAAAAAAGGGCAUGGAUUUACAUUGCAAAAGGUGUCCACAGUGUGUUAGUGACAUUCUUUCAUUGACAGCUGACAUAAUUCAUUUAGAGUGAGAUAUUUUAAGCCAAAAAAAUUUCCCUUUUUAAAAAAGGGGGUUUAAAUAUUCUUGGCAUUCUCAUGGUUCCUUUAAAUGCCCCUGGCUAUUCCCAGAGGGUGAUUUUUGUCUCUGCCCCACUUCUUUUUUUUCCUUUACUUUUUUUGAGUCUUAGCACCAUGUAAGUUAUGCUUCCAACCUGUAUGGUUUGUAAGCUUGCCCCGAAAUAAGACCACUGGUGAGCUACCACAAAAGUAUAAAUGAAUAUUUUAAUACCACAAUCUUUCCUGUUGCCUGUGGAGUCUCUGCUGAAAUGAAUCAGGAUUCUUGCUCUAGAAAGAGACAGAAAAAUGAGAGCAUGAUGUUUGCCAGGAUGCUGUGGGUUUGUUUUGAUGUGUAACAAGUUGAUUCAGGACACUGGAAUUUCAUUCUGUUAUGUUUUGGUU